AUGACAUUACAAGAAAAACUGAGGACUUUGAUGCAGCCAUCCUUGAAAACAUGUCUGCCAGAUGACAAACAAUGCCACAACAUUAAUGGUAAAGAUGAAAGUUUGACAGAUGAGUUCGCUGCCAUCCAACAAAUCCACCACCUCAUAGAUGAUGACCAGAAUGGAAAUGUUGACCCAUCAGAGAGUGAUGAGUUCAUGCGGGAUGAGCUUCAGUAUACAGAAGGGUUUGAAAGGCUGUCCAUUUUUCAUGGCAAUGACAAACUUAUCAGUACCGGGGACCUUUGGCAGGCUUGGAAGAAAUCUACAGUGUACAACUGGACAACAGAUGAUGUUCUUCAGUGGCUUGUCAAGCAUGUGGAGCUGCCUGUGUAUGUGGAAACAUUCCGUAACAAGGCUGUGGAUGGCCCUAUUCUGCCAAG